AUGGCUUAUGUACACAGUCCAUGGAGUCAGUUUACUGCCAACAAGGAAGCGACACCUGGAUGAACAACCUGAACGUUACUUUAAGGACCGCUUUAUUUUGCUAGCUAACGGAUAUUUCUUAGUUUUUCUCCCGGUUUCACUGUAGCAAACUGAGGGGUCAAAAUGAACUCCAUUGACCUGGAGAAGCUGAAGAUGACGGGAGCUGGUAGAGCCAUGGCCGUGUUGACCAGCGGUGGAGAUGCACAAGGGAUGAAUGCUGCUGUCCGAGCUAUGACCAGAAUGGCCAUCUAUAUGGGGGCCAAGGUCUAUCUUAUUUAUGAGGGAUACCAGGGCCUGGUGGAUGGGGGAGACAACAUCAAACUAGCACACUGGCAGAGUGUGACCAACAUCAUCCAACUGGGUGGGACUGUGAUAGGCAGCGCCCGAUGCAAGGCCUUCACAACUCGUGAGGGUAGGCUGGCUGCUGCCUUCAACCUGGUGAAGAAAGGCAUCACCAACCUGUGUGUGUGUGGCGGAGACGGCAGCCUCACCGGAGCCAACAUCUUCCGCAGCGAGUGGAGCAGUCUGCUGGAGGAGCUUGUACAGAAAGGAAGAAUCACAGACACUCUGGCUAAGCAGCAUGGCCACCUGAACAUCGUGGGGCUCGUGGGCUCCAUCGACAACGACUUCUGCGGCACGGACAUGACGAUCGGAGUCGACUCUGCUCUGCACCGCAUCAUGGAGAUAAUUGAUGCUAUCAUGACAACAGCACAAAGCCACCAGCGCACAUUUGUUCUGGAAGUUAUGGGGCGACACUGUGGAUAUCUGGCCCUAGUGUCAGCACUGGCCUCUGGGGCAGACUGGCUCUUCAUUCCAGAGGCUCCUCCCCAGGAAGGCUGGGAAGACCAGAUGUGUGCCCGUCUAGAGGGGAGCCGCACAACUGGGUCAAGACUCAACAUUGUAAUCCUCGCAGAAGGAGCCAUUGACAGAAAUGGCAAGCCCAUCACUUCAACUUAUGUAAAAGAACUGGUGGUACAGAGGCUCGGCUAUGACACCAGAGUGACAGUCCUCGGCCAUGUUCAGAGAGGAGGAACCCCCUCUGCGUUUGACAGAAUACUGAGCUCUAAGUUGGGGGUGGAGGCGGUGGUUGCCCUGAUGGAUGCCACUCCUGACACCCCAGCCUGUGUCAUCGGUCUGUCAGGUAACCAGGCUGUUCGUCUGCCUCUGAUGGAGUGUGUGGAGAUGACUAAGUUGGUGCAGACAGCCAUGAACGAGAAGAGGUUUGAUGAGGCUAUCAAACUGCGUGGAGGGUGAGAUGUUUUUCAUGUAUAUGAAAUGCUUAUUAAUAUCCGACUCUUGUUGCCUCAGAGCAACUUCUCCUUGGCUAUCCUGAACGUGGGGGCUCCGGCUUCAGGGAUGAACGCAGCGGGGCGCUCUGCGGUGAGGCUGGCGCUCGCUAAAGGACACAAGGUCUACGCUGUCCACAACGGCUUUCAGGGACUUGCCAAUGGAAACGUUUUGGAGAUGGGAUGGCACAGUGUUGCAGGCUGGACAGGGCAAGGGGGCUCACUGCUGGGGACAAAACGAACUCUUCCCAACAAUAACAUGGAGGGGAUUGUGGAAACCAUCAGAAAGUUUAACAUCUCAGCUCUGCUUGUAAUUGGAGGGUUCGAGGGGUACGCAGGAGUGUUGCAGUUGUUUGAAGCCCGGGGUCUCUUCGAUGAGCUCUGCAUCCCCAUGUGUGUAAUCCCUGCUACCAUCAGCAACAACGUCCCGGGAACGGACUUCAGCCUGGGAGCAGACACGGCCGUCAAUGCUGCCAUGCAGGGCUGCGACAAGAUCAAGCAGUCUGCCACCGGGACCAAGAGACGGGUGUUUGUGGUGGAGACUAUGGGGGGCUUCUGUGGAUAUUUGGCAACCUACACUGGCAUAGCUGUGGGAGCGGACGCAGCCUACAUCUUUGAAGACCCCUUCAACAUCCACGACCUCACGACCAACGUGCAGCAUUUGGCUGAAAAGAUGAAGAAGGACAUCCAGCGGGGUCUAGUACUGAGGAAUGAGAAAUGCCAUGAGAACUACACCACAGAUUUCAUCCAUAAGCUGUAUACAUCAGAGGGGAAGGGCAUCUUUGACUGCAGGGUCAAUGUGUUGGGACACCUUCAGCAGGGUGGAGCACCUUCCCCAUUCGAUAGAAACUUUGGCACUAAGUUGGGCAUGAAGGCAAUCGAGUGGAUUUCAGCUAAAUUAACUGAAAACUUCCGACAAGGACGCGUGUUCGCUAACUCUCCAGAAACAGCAUGCGUGCUCGGUCUCAACAGGAAGGUGAUCUCCUUCAACCCCGUCACUGAACUCAAGGAUGUGACUGAUUUUGAGCACCGGAUGCCCAAGGUCCAGUGGUGGAUUAAUCUGCGGCCAAUGCUGAAAAUGUUGGCCAAGUACCAAACCAGCUUCGGUGAAUAUGUCCCAGGAGAGAUUCAACAUGUGAACCAACGCUCCAUCAGCAUGGACUCCGGGUUCUAGACUCUCUGAAACUACAGUAAACUCUCUGCACUAACCCUUAUCUGUCCUGCCUUUGUUAAUUUGCAGACUACUUUCAAUUUCACAGUUGUUCAUGUUAACAAUACUGAAUACUUUUAAGACCAGCAUUGAUUGUCAGUCUUGUCAGUAUCACAGUAGCUUCAGUACAUUAAAUGUAAAGAUUAAAUUCAGGUAUUCAUUUAUUGCA